AUGACAACAACAACAUUAAGAACAUCAACAACUUCUACAACUAAAAAAGCUUCAACUACAGCAAGAACCUCAACAGUUACCGGCACCUCUACAGCUACUGCAACUGAAUCAAUAAAUUCGUCGACCAUAAAAUUGACAACAGGGCUAACAACUUUAUCAACUACAUCUAUUAUGACUGUAGUCCCAAUCAUAACAAGCACAAAAGAAACAAAUAGUUCUACAACAAUCAUUACAACACUUGUUGCAACAAAUCAUACUUCACUCGUAUCUGUCACUUCAUCUAAAAUAACCAUAGCUGUACCAACUAAAAUAUCAACUAGUACUUCAAGAGAAUCAACUGAUCUGAUAACAACAACAACAACAGCAGCUACUCGUUCUUCCACAACUUUAAUCAUGAAUGCAACAACAUUUGGUAACAACGAGAAUAAUGUUGACCCCUCAAAUAAACCAUUUACUAGUGUUCUUGCUACGUUAAUACCUGCUAUAUGCAUCGCAGUAGCAAUUGUUAUCUUUAUUUCGAAAAAAAGAAUAGCUUCGGCAGCAGGUAGUAUAUUUGGUAGUGCUGCUCAAUAUUUUAUGAAAAAAGAUCAAAGCAUUGAACUUUUACUGAUCGUUGAAGCCGAUCCAAUGAAAAAGCUUUACAGCGCAGCCCUGUUGGGGCUAAAAUGUGGAACUCUCAUAUUUCGGACAGUUAGAUACUGA